AUGGCAUUGAUCAGGACUAGGAGUAUGAGACUGGAUGCAGAGAACAAAAUGGAGCCAGCUAUGGCUGGGAAGGCUGCAGUCUGCAGGCCAUGGCAAAGAAAUGCUCUGGGUGAUAUUGGGAACAAACUGGCCAAGACAAAUGUGCCAAAGAAGGCUGCAAAGGUUGUCAAAAAAGCAAAUGUGAACAAGGUCAAGCCUGUGGUUCAGGAAGAGGUUGUACCAAAGGAACCAGAAAUGCUGGUGCCAGUCUCUCCUGUCCCUAUGGACACAGAUGAAGAGCUGUCCCAAGCCUUUUCCAAUGCCCUCCUCCAGAUAAAGGAUGUGGAUGAAGAUGAUGCAGACAAUCCCAUGCUGUGUAGUGACUAUGUGAAAGACAUUUACUGCUACCUGAGGAACCUGGAGGAAGAACAGGCAAUCAAGCUACACUAUCUUGAAGGCCAAACCAUCAAUGGCAACAUGAGGGCCAUACUGAUUGACUGGCUUGUGCAGGUUCAUAUGCGCUUCAAAUUGCUCCAGGAGACAUUAUUCAUGACUGUGGCCAUUCUGGAUCGCUUCCUUCAGGUGAAUCCUGUGCCAAAGAAGCUGCUCCAGCUAGUUGGUGUGACUGCCAUGUUUGUUGCCUGUAAAUAUGAGGAGAUCUAUUGUCCAACCAUUGGAGACUUUGCCUUUGUGACUGAUCACACAUAUACCACAGCGCAGAUCAGGGACAUGGAAAUGCAGAUCCUCAGCACGCUCAAAUUUGACAUUGGCCGACCAUUACCCCUGCACUUCCUGAGGAGAGCAUCAAAGAUUGGGGAGGUGGAUGCUAUACACCACACACUGGCCAAGUACCUUAUGGAGCUAGCUAUGCUUGACUACGAUAUGGCGCACAUCCCUCCAUCACAGGUAGCAGCAGGAGCUUUCUGUCUCUCCAUGAAGGUCCUGAAUACUGGUGAAUGGACUCCUACGCUCGAACAUUACAUGGCCUACACAGAGAGCUCUCUGCUACCAGUCAUGCAGCACUUGGCAAAGAAUGUUCUGAUUGUCAACAGAGGCCUUACAAAGUUCACGGCUAUAAAGAACAAAUACGCCAGCAGUCGUCAGAUGAAGGUCAGCUGCUUGCCACACCUGAAUUCUGAACUACUGGAAGGCUUGGCCAAAUAGACUUUAAGAAAUGACUUGUUUUAAAUUAAAUGUGUAAUAUAAUGUCUGCUCUUAAAUUUUU